AUGGAUCCCAGCAAGGAGAAUGCAGACAGCAUUCACCUAGAGGCAGCUCGACAGCAUGCCCCUGCCGAUGGUCACGCUGCAGAAGAUGGCAUUACAGCCGUUCCAAACACCACCACGACCGACCACUUGAAGCUCAGAGACAAGGCUGCGCAGUUCCUGAAGCAGGCUGACCACCCGGUCGUGGUUACACCCGCCGACAAUGACCGCGUCCGCCGCAAGAUAGACAUGCGCCUCCUUCCCAUCAUGCUCUUCGUCUACUGCCUUCAAUCGCUAGACAAGACGACUCUUUCCUACGCCUCUGUCUUCGGCAUUAUCCAGGAUACGAAUCUCGUCGGCGACCAGUUCUCGUGGCUCGGCUCUAUUGUCUACCUGGCACAGCUCGUCUUCCAACCGCUGAUUGCGUGGGGCCUGGUCAAGUUCCCGGUGGGCAAGUUCUCGGCAGUCAUGGUGUUUUGUUGGGGUGCUGUGCUGUGUGGCAUGACGGCGGCGACGAACUUUGGAGGGCUGAUGGCAGCACGGCUGCUGCUGGGUGCUUUUGAGGCAUCGGUUGCACCUACAUUCAUCGCCAUCGUGCAAAUGUGGUAUAGGCGACGAGAGCAGACGGUUCGAAACGCUUCGUGGUACUCUAUGCUUGGCGUCGUCAAUAUGCUGGGAAGCCUGUUGACAUAUGGCCUCGGCCAUAUCCAGUCGCACUUGCAUCCGUAUCAGAUCAUCUUCCUUUUCUGCGGUUGCAUCACAGUCGCGUUUUCCGUGGUCAUGUUCAUCUUCAUGCCCGACUCGCCGAUGGAGGCCAAGUUCCUCAAUCAAGAGGAGAAGCUCAUCGCGGUAGAGCGCCUGCGGAUGAACCAGAUGGGCAUUGGAUCCGGGAUCUGGAAGUGGGACCAUGUGCUCGAAGCGGUCUUGGACCCGAAGACCUGGCUGUGGUUCUUCCUCAUGUUUGUGAUAUCUGUCCCUAGCGGAGGCAUCUCGACUUUUGGGCCCCUCAUCAUUGAGUCGUUUGGCUUCGACAAGUUCACCACCAUCUUGUUCAACAUCCCUUUCGGAGCAGUGCAAAUGAUUGCGACCCUCGGCGGCGCUUGGCUGUCCAACAAAAUCCGCAUGAAGUCGCCCGUCCUCCUACUCCUCUGUCUUCCCCCCAUCGCCGGCCUGGCGAUCCUUCUCGCCGUAGGCCGCGAGCCGAGCGACCGCGCCGUACUCCUCGUCGGCUACUACAUCAUUUCCGUCUACCCCGGCAUCUCGCCACUCAUCUACUCGUGGUCAGGCCAGAACACAGCUGGAGACACCAAGCGCAAGGUCACCACGGGAAUGCUCUUCGUCGGCGCCAGCGCGGGCAACGUCGUCGGACCGCACCUCUUCAAGCCAAGCGAGAAGCCGCGCUACGACCGGGGCGUCAAGACGAACCUGGCGCUGUUCAUCGUGCUAGCAGUGCUGAUCGUACUGGGCAUGGGCCUCAUUUGGCUCCUGAACAAGAAGCAAGCCGCCAAGCGCAGAGCUCUGGGUAAGAGCGAGCACAUCCAAGACUUGAGCAUGGCCGGGCACAAAGAGGCGGCGGAAGGCGAGGUGCUUAACCACUUGGACGAAGCAGUGGGGGACAAGGCAUUUGACGAUGUCACGGACCUCAAGAACGAGGACUUUAUUUUCGUGUACUAG